AUGGCAACGCCUGUGGGAAAAGAACAGCACGACUACCUUUUCAAAUUUAUUAUAAUUGGAGACGCGGGGGCCGGCAAGUCAUGUCUGUUGCAUCAGUUCAUAGAAAACAAAUUCCGUAAGGGUGCCAGCCACACCAUAGGCGUCGAGUUUGCUUCGAAAGUGAUCAACAUCGCCGAUCGUCGCAUCAAGCUGCAGAUAUGGGACACAGCGGGCCAAGAGAGGUACCGCUCUGUCACCCGCAGCUACUACAGAGGAGCAGCUGGGGCCCUUCUAGUGUAUGACAUAUCCAAUCGCGAGUCCUACAACCAUUUGAUAAACUGGCUCGCAGAUGCACGCUCGUUAGCCCGCGCAGAUAUAUCCAUCGCCAUCGUCGGCAACAAGAUGGAUGUGAGGGAGAAGAGGGCCGUCACAUUUCUGGAGGCCUCUCGUUUUGCUCAAGAAAACGAUGUUCUCUUCUUAGAGACAAGUGCCUUAACUGGCGAAGGGGUGACAGAUGUCUUUGUCCGCGUUGCGCGGCUCAUCCUCAGCAAGAUUGAAGAUGGGCUGAUUGAUGCAAAUGCAAUGGUUGCGGGACUUAGAGCUACAGGCACCCAGCUGGCUGAUGGUUAG